AUGAAUGGAAAAGAGACAAUAAUCUGUAAUUGUUUGCUGUACACGUUCAUAUUUUAUAGUGCAGUGAUUCGCUUGUUCUGUGGAAGCUUCGAUACAAAUUUAGACCAGAAGCAAUUCCCAACAAUAAGGUAAAAACCAUUUGAAGUGGUCACUGAGAUAUUAAUUUAAUUAGAACAAGAUAAUUGCUCUGACGAUUAUGUUUCAUUAGCUCGUUUUGACUGGUAAAGCUUGCAAAACAAAUAUUUAUGUAAAGAUGGUAAAAUUUACUAAAACAAUCUUAACUCUCUCAAGGAUUGCUUAAAAUUAGAAGAUUUUUCUCUGAAGUAAAUGAAAUUUUUUGGCUUAAAUGAAUUGAACAGCAGAUUAACUUAAAAAUUUUUAAUUUGUGGUAAACUUGAAAGCUUUGAAUAUCCUGAUAAUGAUGACUAAAUAAACCAAUAUGAAAACGAAAUUGAUGAUCAGUAGAAAGUAGAUGAAUCGCAUUUAGAUGCUGAGUAAAAUACUUUAAAUAGUAAUGAUAAGAGUAAUAGAUUUUUAGAAAGAAAAAUUACUAAAAAACCUAAAAAUAGCUCUGGCUGCUCACAUAAAUAAAAAGCUUGUAAAUAUUAAAAGUAAGUAUAUUGUCUGGAUAAAAACCGUAAAUGCCCAGUUUCUAAUAUCAAAAUAUUUUAAAGCAAUUUACCGAAUAGCAGUCAAUCAGAUAAUUAAAUGCUUCAAGUAGCAUAAAACAUUUUUUUGCAGAUAGAAAGAGAAAGUGAAUUUUAUCAACCCAUAGUAGAACUAAUAGUUGCAGAAGAAAAUCAAAUAUGUAGCUAGAUAUAAUAGAAAGACUCUCAAAAAUACUAAGAGAUAAACUCAAACAGCAUUUAGUGCAACUUCUCUAAUGAAAAAUAUAGAAGUAUAUUUUUUAGCGAACCUAAAACUUCUCUGUCCAGUUUGCUUGAAAUGAAUUAAAUUCCCAUUCCAAAUGAUUUCAAGAAUACUCUUGAAGACUUCAAAUAUAAUAUAUACUCAAGGUAAAAUGAUAUUGAUUACUACAACUGCAUUCAGAGUUAUGAGUAUGACUAGUAUUUAGAUGACAUACAUACUGCAAAAUCUUUUUCUCAAUAUCAUCUUAAAUUUUCUUUCUUUUUGGUAGUUUUGCUAAUAUUAGCUUUGGUAGGGUCAAAUCCUCCUAUUUAAAUAUCCUAAAUAAUAGAUCCUUAUAAGCUGCAUAAAUAUUCACUUUUAUUAUCUCUAUUCAUAUACUUAAACAUUUUAUGGCUCAUAAUAGCAAUAAAGUAUUAAUUAGGAGAGAUUAACAAACAAUUAAAAAUUUACUCAUCAAGAGAUUGCUUAGAACCGAAAGCCAUUAACCAAAUAAAUAUGCAUCUUUUUAGAAAUUAGCUAGAUAUUCAAAUUGGCUUUGUGAUUGCCUUCACUUAUUUGCCUUUACUAGUUUAUGUUUCAUGGAAGUUAAUAAACAAAUUCUGCUGGAUGAGAAAAGUAAGAAUUACACCAUAAACUCCUAUUGAAAUGUAAUUUCUAUCAAAAAAAAGAUAAGCUAAAAAAUGA